AUGGAUAUCACAGGUCUUGAUGGUGCUUACUACAAUUACUUUCUCUUUUCUCUUGUACUUUUGUCUCCCAUUCUACUUCUUGUCUUCACCCAGCGCAAAACGCGGCUACCACCGGGUCCGUUUGCAUGGCCCGUCAUAGGCAACCUUUUCGACCUUGAUGGGAAGAAGCCACACAUUGCCCUCUCCAGGCUUGCACAAUCUUAUGGGCCUCUAAUCUCUCUAAGAUUUGGUGCAAGAUUGGUGGUAGUUGCAUCAUCACCAGAAGCUGCUAGAGAAAUAUUCAUGACUCAUAAUCGGGAUUUAUCUGGAAGGCACGUUGUGCAACUAGCCAAGAUAUUACCACAAAUUGACACUUCCAUGAUCGCAAUGGCUGCAGAAUGCAAUGAAAGAUGGAGGUUUCUGCGUAGCACUGCCCACUCUGAGCUUUUCUCAGCUCAGGCACUCGAAUCCUUUUCGCAAAUCAGACUAGAGAAGGCCAAGGAAAUGCUAGACUUUUUGGCUUCUAAAGAUGGUGAAGUUGUAAAGAUUUCAGACGUAUUACUUGCAACUAGUGCUAAUAUAAUGAGUAACGCCAUGGUGUCCCAAGAUAUUGUUUCCUGGAAGAACAUUGGAGAAGUCAGAAGGUGUAUAAGGAGACUACUUGAGUUUGGUAUUCCCGGCCUAGCCGAUCUUUUUCCUGCAAUUGGUUGUUUAGAUUUCUGGACUAAGCAAAAAGCAGUAGAAUGUACUCGAAUCCUCAGAGAAACAUGGAUUGAUAUCGUAAGCAAGAGAAGAGGAGGGAGGGCGGACGUAGCAUUCUCCAGCCGGGACUUUUUAGAUGUCCUCAUUGAAAACUCAUUUGAUGAUUAUCAGAUCUAUAACUUGCUAACGGAGUUUUUGAUUAGUUCUGAAACCAUCAGCACAGCAAUUGAAUGGGCAAUGGCAGAACUAACAAGAAACCAAGAAGCCUCUUCUAAACUUCUUGAUGAACUUAUGAAAAAUGAGGUUGAAGGAACAGCCGUAAGUGAGAAGCACUUAACACAGCUACCAUAUUUACAAGCUUGUAUCAAAGAAACACUUCGACUGCAUCCUCCGACCCCACUUCUUGUACCUCGUCGUGCAUCACAAACUUGCGAGCUCAUGAACUACAAUCUUCCGAAGGAUAGCUUGGUGGUUGUAAAUGCAUAUGCCUUGGGACGAGAUGAAAAGUCUUGGGAAGACCCUCAAGGCUUCAAACCAGAACGAUUCCUUGGCACAAGUCUUGAUGUCAAGGGAACUCAUUGCGAACUCUUGCCCUUUGGUGGAGGUAGAAGAAUAUGCGCUGGAUAUCCUCUAGCUCUCAAGCAGAUUCAGUUGCUUCUUGCCUCACUGGUUUAUGCAUUUGAUUGGCUUCAUCCACCAGGAAUGGAACCAACCAAUCUUGACAUGAGUGAAAAGUUCGGCUUUACACUUGCAAGGGAAAACCCUCUGCUAUUGAUUCCGAGAAUCAGAAAUGACAUGCAGAAAGAUUGGGCUGAAGCACUAGGAUUAAAAAAGUUUUAG